UGUUUUUGAGGAGAGUUUUUAUUUCGUCCUUGGUUGGUUCGGCAACACGCUCCGCCGUUUUGCUUUUCUCUACUCACGGUAUAUGAGCCGAUUGCUGGGUUUCAGUCACGAAGAUUUUUUUUCUUAGCAGUUUUACCAGAAGUGAAAUAGCUGGUGGUCUAAAGGAUGCCGUAGUGCAAACAACUAGCGAUAACUUGGCAGAGUACGCUCGUAAUCUAGAAGCCACUGCUAGCUUUAGAUAUAUUCAGAAGAUUGCUAUGUGCAAUGGAAUAGAGCCCUACAGUCUGGGAAAGGAGGAUUUGUCACACGAUCUCAAAAACUACCCUUCAGUCGAGUUCCGUGACAUCUCGAACUAUCUGGUGUUGCAGACGUCCUUCUACACCGCAAAACAGAUGAAAGCGUGGAAGAGUAUGGAGGCUUACAACUUUUUUUUUUUUUUUGUAUGUGGCUGAGUAAAGGACCUCAGUAUCAAGUCACUGCUGAAUGAAUCCUGUAUUGUUUUUGCCCAAGUUUUUUUUUUUUUAAGCUUUUUGUUCACGUCUUUUCAACUUGCAGCGCUUCAAUGUAGUGUAAACAAACAGUUCACUUGAUUCUCACUUGUGUUGGUUCUUAUCUCUCAGGUAAAUCAUUCACACACAUCAUCAGAAACCCCUUUAAAGACCUGGAUCUUAGUUAAACAAGACGGAGAAGUGAUCACGGCGCAUUGUAACUGUACGGCUGGGGAAGAAUUUUGUCGCAACCUUCACGCAUAUGGACUUUGUGAGGAGUAAACAAAGAAACAGCUGGGGAAUUUAACGCUUUGUGACGAAAAAAGUACCGUAAAAUAACACACAGCAAGAAAAGUACUUGGGAAAACACUAAGGACAUAGCUGAGAGGGAGAUACAAACCUUUCACCAAGUGAUCACUGCAAACUGGAGCAUGCUUCGACUCAGCUCCCUUCGAUUUCAGUGAGAGGUUCAAAAGCCACCUUUCUCGAUGUCUUUUUGUGAAAUCCUGUGUUCAUUCACCCUUUUUUUUUAUUAGUUCACGGGGAACCCUGAAGAAACUUCAGUUUCACGGUUUGAUUGAUUCAAACAACCUAAAACGACGCAAGCGUAAGGCAUUUUUCAUGCGAGUAAUGCGCACUCUCCGUACAAACGCUUUGUCAACUGAGCUUUGGUAGACCACCAGCUAAAGUUUUGAAUAACUAAUGAGGCGGCUGUGACGUCAUGUGAAACCCAGCAAUAGCCUAGUAGUAGAGUAGUCAGAGUGCACAAUUACUCAUAUCCAGUGACUGUGGAUAGAAUAAUUCAUGUUGUGUCUGGUCAGCAAUACAUUCCAAAGAAAAUUGGGACAGGAUCAAUUGAGGGCAAGUAAUGGGGUAAAACAAUGAAAUAAUGUGAUUAAAACGUGUGUAUAUGUAUGUCAUGGGUUUAAAGGAAAUACCUCACAAACACAUUGAGCUCAAAGUCGGUCUUUGUCCUUUAUAAAAAAGCUGCAUGUUGAAUUUGUUCUUAACGAUAUAACCACUAAAGUGAUGAAAAUAGAUGAGACUAUUUUUUUGUCAGGGAGGUCACCAUAACUCCAUUGUGCGUGAUGUCAUUUUCCACGAGCACAGAGGUGUCCAAGUGCAUGCUAUACUAGACUAUAGUAUUAUAAUAUGGUCUAGUGUGACUUCUUGGUCAAUUGGUUUGCAUUUCUCCACAAAAAUUAUGGCAAUGCAGUUUUAGAAAAGGAAUCAAAUUAAAGUAGUGGCUUGUUUGCCUCUUGACGUAAAAAUAUAUUUACCUGCUCAUCUUCCAUCCAUCUGAUGUGUGACACGGUAAAAAAAAAAUCUGAUUUUUUAGGUCAUAUUUAUGCAGAAACAAAUUCUAAAGGGUUCACAAACUUUAAGCACCACUGUAAGUGGGAGCCAGGCUAUGAAGAAGUCAAGAUUGCUCAAAUGUAUCCAACUUGAUGCAUCUACUACUGCAACGUCAUUCAAGGGAGGGGCCUUUAAAGGUAGGUUUGCUGAUAGGUAGUAGGGCUGCACGAUAUAUCGUUAAAAAACCGCGAUCUCGGUUCACACCUACAUGCGAUUCACUUUUUGAUUAGAGACGAUUCUUGUUUUUUUUUUCAUCAUGAGCCGCGUCACACUUUAGUUUCCCUCUGUGUUCCCGUAAAGUCCACUGUAGUUGCUUUCUCCCUCAACCAAUCCUAAAUGCCACCUGCACGUCAUGUGGUUGCGCGUAGCAGCAGGCUUUCUCCCUAAACCGAUCAUGAAUGGACCUGCACGUCACGUGAUUCAGCGGCAAGCAAGGCAGAAAGAGAUGCUUGUUUUUUCGAAACACAGCAGCAUGAGUGAGAGAAGAGAUAUGCGAAGUCUGCAUGAGGAAAAUGGAGGAUGAUGAAAACCCAGGUGUUAGCGAAGAGAGCCAGGCAAGUCGUCCAACACAGUUUGUUCCUAAGAGAGGUUCGCAUUCUUUGGUGUGGCAAUAUUUCGGGUUUAAACCAGACGACGACAACCAGUGCGAUGUACACUGCACCAUAUGUUCUGCCCGAGUAGCAGCUAAGCAGGGCAAUACGACCAACCUGUUUAGCCACCUCAAACGCCACCACAAAGUGCAGUAUGAAACACUACAAAAUAAGACCCCUGAAAAUGAAUGUCCAAAAAAACCAGACGUCUAUAACGGAGACUAUACGCAACGCGACACCAUAUCCGCCCAGCUCCAGCAGGUAAAAGGAAAUAACUGCAGCAAUCGCUUACCACCUAGCUAAAGAUAUGGCCCCCAUAAACACGGUAGAGCAUGACGGAUUUUAAAAAAUGAUGAUAACGUUGGAUAAACGAUACUCGAUGCCUUCACGCAACUAUUUUUCAAACGUUGCAAUACCUGCCAUGUACGACGAGAAGCGGGCAGCUGUCGAGGUCGAAUUGGGAGAAAUGGACUACUUUUCAGCGACAUCGGAUUUGUGGUCCAGUCGGACCAUGGAACCUUGUACGAGUCUGACAGUCCAUUUGAUAGUGACUGACUUCACCAUGAAAAGCAGAUGCCUGCAGACAGGCUUCUUCCCGGAGGAUCAUAGUGGUCAGGCUUUAGCUCAUGGAUUAAAGGAGGCUCUUGCAUCUUGGGGUUUGGAAGAGGAAAAAUUGGCGUGCAUUACAACAGACGAUGGACAAAACAUCGUGAAAGCAGUUUCCAUCAACAACUGGACCAGGCUGCAAUGUUUUGGCCACAGGCUGCAUCUCGCAAUUGAGAAUGCCAUGAAGGACACAAAAGUUGACCGAGCAGUGGGUCUUUGCAAGAAGAUUGUGGGAUCCUUCAGUCACAGCUGGAAGCGGAGGAGAGACCUUGCUGAGGCCCAAAAGGAGCUCAAACUGCCUGUGCACAAACUGAAAACGGAGUGUCCAACAAGAUGGGGAUCAAGACAAGCGAUGGUGCAGCGGAUACUUGAACAGCUUCCAGCUAUCUCGCAUGUACUCUCCCCUGAUCGGAAGGCCAGACAUCUGAUUCCUAUGUGGCAAGACAUUGAAGUCCUUGAGGCCAUCAACAAUACCCUCACCCCACUAGCCAACUUCACAGAUGCCCCCUCUGGAGAACAAUACGUCAGCAUCUCUUCUGUGAAGCCGGUUCUUCAUCUGUUUGAAACCUCUGUAUUGGCUGUGAAAGAUGACGACACGGAGUUCACCAGAUCCCUUAAAUCAAACAUCUUGGGAUACCUGCAGGAGAAGUACAGUGACCCAAAAACUCAGGAUCUACUCGAUAUAGCAACAACACUCGACCCCAGAUUCAAAAUGAAUUCCAUCGGAGAGGAGGUCAAACCCACUGUAAGAGCAAGACUGAUGGAUGAGAUGACUGGCCUAACUCCAGCUGAGCAAAGCGCCCCCUCUAGUGGGCCUGUUAAGCAUAAUUGUGCACAAAAUGAAAAAAGUGAACUUCAUAGAGUUAAUUGCAGUUCAUUUUAG